UUAUUAAUUUACUUUGUAUAUGGUUCUAUAAAUUGACAUUUUGUUCAAAAAAGUCGAAGUCAAUAAGUAUAUUCAAUGAAAUCCUUAUUUUUAUUUAAAAUUGCAAAUCGACAAAUAAGUCAAAGUUUUUUUAAGAAGAGAAAUGAUUUUGGAAAAUGCAAUCCCGUAUUGAUAGGAAAUGUUUCACAGGAGCGAGUUGUUCCAAGCAAUAUAAAUGUGCCAGAUUAUUACCACCAACAUAUGAGUCCCGGCAGCACCUUCGGAGAACCGGAAAUAAAAAAUAGUUUACAAAUUAAACAAAUGCGAGAAAGUUGUAGAUUAGCAGCCAAUAUACUUAAAUCAUGUCAGGAUAUAAUUAAGGUUGGUGUCACUACCGACGAGAUCGACAGAUUUGUUCAUGACAAAAUUAUUUCAGCAAAGGCAUACCCGUCACCUCUUCGUUACGCCGGUUUUCCAAAAUCGAUAUGCACAUCUGUCAAUAAUGUUGCAUGUCAUGGCAUACCUGAUGAUAGGCCGUUGCAAGAUGGCGACAUUAUAAAUGUUGAUAUAACAGUCUUCUUGAAGGGCUUUCACGGAGACUGCUCAAAGACUUUUAUAGUGGGCAAUGUGGAUGAGCGAGGACACUACUUGGUUAAGAAAACUGAAGAGUGUCUUCUGAGCUGUAUAAGAUUAUGUAAACCCAAUGUGGAAUUCAAUAAUAUUGGAAACUUUGUACAUACAUUUUGUAAACAAUCUGGUUUAAACACAAUUCCCGCAUUUAUUGGUCAUGGCAUUGGAAGUUAUUUUCAUGGCCCCCCUGAAAUAUUACACUUCAAAAAUAAAUUGCCGGGAAAGAUGCUUGCUGGUAUGACAUUCACUAUAGAACCUAUAUUAACAUUGGGAGGACCUGAUAUUGAAAUUCAAGAAGAUGGUUGGACAGCAAUAAGUGUUGAUGGAGCAAGAAGUGCUCAAUUUGAACAUACCAUUCUUAUCACGGAAUCUAGUCAUGAAAUUUUAACACUACCCGAUUAAAAGUUUAACAUAAUAAAAGAUGUGAAAAAAUUUAA